ACGCGACCUCCUUGUUGUCUAUUGCCAUUUACCAAAACCAAUCACCAAACAUUUUAAUUUUCUGUUUCCAAUGCUUGAUAACUGAAGGCGAAGCGGAUUUUAUUUUGAUUUUGAAUAUAAGGUUCUAAUACGAAAAUGUCGGCAUAUGAAUCAAACGCUUACUUUACAGGCAACGGGACAUUCAAGUCUAUAAAUCCUAUCCUGUCUAAAGUGGGGGAUUUCACUCCUUUCUAUAUCACGAUAGCUAUCUGCUCUGUCAUCUUGGGCUCGCUGCUUGUCAUCAAUUUUGUUUGCUGUUGUUCACGCUACUCUGACUAUUGGCUCGAUCGGCAUACUGGUAACCGAUGGUUGGUAUCUAUAUGGUCAGCAACACCCCACAAACAACCACCUCUUGACUUUACUGAACUAGAGAGUCAAUACCAGCCAGUGCAGUACGUGCAUCCAUAUCACACAGAGGAGUACCAAGAAGUGCAUCACGAAGUGCGGCAAUCUAUAUCACAGCAACCACUUACAACAUCACAAGAAUAUCUAGAACUUCAUAAGAAGGAGAGUGACAUAUAA